CCGACUCACGUGGGCCCGUGCGGGAGCGGGCCGGGAGCGGAGCGGGAACCGGGAACCGGCUCUGAGGGAGCGGGCCCGCCAGGCCUCGCCAUGCUGGGCGCCCGGGGCGGCUGGCGGGCCCUCCGCCGCUGCGCCUCCCUGCCGCGGGCCGUGCGGCUGCGGGUGCGCGAGGCGCUGGGGGCGCGGCAGCCGGCGGACGCGGUCACGGUGCAGGGCUGGGUCCGCUCUGUCCGAUCCCAGAAGGAAGUUUUGUUCCUGCACAUAAAUGAUGGGAGUUCUCUGGAAAGCCUCCAGGUGGUUGCUGAUCCCAGCCUGGAAAAGAGAGACUUGACUUUUGGAAGUGCAGUGGAAGUGCAAGGGAAGCUUGUCAAAAGUCCACACAGGAUGCAAAACAUGGAGCUGCAGGCUGAAACCAUUCGUGUGGUGGGACCUUGUGAUAUUUGGUCGUUUCCCCUGAAAAUGAGGGAGAGGCACCCACUGGAGUAUGUACGACAGUUCCCUCACCUGCGGUGCAGGAACAACACGCUGGGCGCCCUCCUGCGAAUCCGCAGCGAAGCCACUGCAGGCAUCCACUCCUUCUUCCAGGAUAAUGGAUAUGUACAUAUUCAUACCCCCAUAAUUACAUCCAAUGACUGUGAAGGUGCUGGGGACCUCUUUCAAAUUGAGACAUCAAGAGAGGCAAAGGAUUCUGCAGAAGAGACCCAUUUCUUCAAUGUACCUGCCUUCCUGACAGUUUCUGGCCAGCUCCAUUUGGAAGUAAUGGCAGGGGCUUUUACUCACGUGUUCACCUUUGGCCCGACGUUCCGAGCGGAAAACUCGCAGAGUCGCCGGCACUUGGCAGAGUUCUACAUGGUGGAAGCUGAGCUGUCCUUCACUGAAAGCCUUCAGGACAUCAUGCAGGUUAUGGAAGAUCUUUUCAAGACAGUGACAAGCACUGUGCUCUCCAAAUGUCCUCAUGAUGUUGAGCUUUUUCAUAAAUACAUAGCUCCUGCACAGAAGGGCAGGUUGGAACAAAUACUGAAGCACAAAUUUAUGAUAAUUUCCUACAGUGAAGCAGUGGAAAUUUUGAAGCAAGCUCCUCAAACUUUCACUUUCAAGCCAGAGUGGGGCUGUGACCUCCAAACGGAACACGAGAAGUACCUGGUGAAGCACUGUGGGGAGGUUCCUGUGUUUGUCAUUAACUACCCGUACGACCUCAAACCUUUCUACAUGCGGGACAAUGAAGAUGGACCUCAGCACACAGUGGCAGCUGUUGAUCUCCUUGUACCAGGAGUAGGGGAGUUGUGUGGAGGCAGCUUGAGAGAAGAGCGACUGCCCUUCCUUGAAUCACGCUUACAGAGAUUAGGACUCACAGAUGCCUAUCAAUGGUAUCUAGACCUCCGAAAAUUUGGAUCAGUUCCUCAUGGAGGCUUCGGAAUGGGGUUUGAACGCUACCUGCAGUACAUCUUGGGAGUUGACAAUAUCAAAGAUGUUAUACCUUUCCCCAGGUUUUCUCACUCCUGUCUCCUGUAGCUCAGCAGUUGACUCACGUGGAGAAAACCGCUGGUGUAACUGUGUAAAUAACAUACCAGGAUAUGACUGAGUGUGUUUUAGUGGGAAAUCAAGAUAAUUUUUAUAUCAAUGAAACUCUUGGUCAAUUUAAUACUGGGUUAUUGAAAAUAAUAUAUGUUCUGGUGAGAUUAUGGAAGGACACUGGCAGUUAAUUUGAUAGCAGCUCAUGUCUUCAGUGCACUUCAGGAGUAUUAAUAAAUCCUACUUAACUAAAGGGUUAUGAUUCUCAUGAGACUAGUACAAGCCAUGGAAGUACUGAACAAGCACUGAAGGUAGCAGGGGGUUUUAUGUGAAAUAUUAAUAAGGAAGUGUGACCUAAAAUAUUGUCAUGGCAAGUGAUACACUUGCUACUACUACAGUCAGGAAAUGGCUACUGUAAAACAUGAUUCUCCCCACUCAGAGUUAAAAGCAAAUAUUGUUUACCUUGGAAAAAUCAGCCAAAUCUGGCAAGGAACAAUGUCAUAUUGGAAUUGCUGGAGUGAGUUUGUUGAAUGAUGUUUGACUUUGUGAAUCAUCAAUAAAGAUGUACACUGGGUUGUUUUAUAACUGUAUAGUUUCUUCUUCU